CUGAUUUCAAGCGCUGUUGAAAAUGAUAUCCCUUCAAUUAUUGUGGCUUUGAUACUCUUUUCCCGCAUGCUUUCCUAUUUCCUAAUGGAAGGUUCCUUUUAUCAUGAUUAUGGUGGUUAUAACUUCUUUGAGCAAGAUCAAACUACUGGAAUUGUGGGCCAAACUGCUUUGCCAAUGGCACUGCUCUUUACCGCAACAAAUGGAGAUCAGGGUCCUGAGUAUGAAAAAGGUACUGGCACUGCGUAUGCCAGGCAAAGAGACAGCAUGAUGGUCAAGCAGUUUCCGGGGAAGGGAGCAAUGGAAACCGCAUGGUGGAUUGGAAUAAGUUACCAGAAUCCAACGUACGCCUAUGAAAGACAUUAUCAGGGACAACGCGUUUCUUGGCAGGUUAGAGUAUGAAUGAUGAAGGUUCAUUGUUGCAAUGAUUCAAGAUGUUGUGAAGUCUGUAACCAGCAUGAAGAACAUCAUCAUAGGUUUAUGAAGUUUUUGUUUAUGGGUCAUUCUCAAUAUGAUUCAUGGUGAAUUUCUACUAAAAGGAAAUAUUUAUA